AGGCCAAGAUCCUUUCCAUGGGGCUGCGCUGCCAGGCAGACCUCUGGGACCUCGCGAGGAGCACCUAUUCUUGCCGUGCGGAGGGGAAGAAGCCGCCGCUCGGGGCUCCCCAGAGAGCCGGGAGCUCCAGCAGCCUUGAGCCUGACCUCCUGGAGCCCCCAAGCCUGGUGCGCGGCGCUCCCUGCUCGAAGGCGCGGACGGGCCGGUCUCCCCUCCCUCGGGUCCAGGGUGCAGGUGCCGGAGGUCCGCGCCCCGCAGGCGUGGCCAGGCAAAUGAGGCGCCUCGCCUUCCAGCUGCCGCCGAGCGCCGCAGUCUCCGCUGCGCUCCGACGGUUCGCCGAUGCCGUUGCCGCCGGUGCCCCCGCACCGUCCCCGACCCCGCCGGUGGCGGCCGCUGCGGGGCCUGGAGUGCGUGUUGCUGGGCGAUGGCGCGGUGGGCAAGACCAGCCUGGCGCUCAGCUAUAGCACCAACGGCUUCCCCGCGCGCUACGUGCCCACGGCCCUCGACCGCUUCUCGGGUACCGUCGCGGCAGCUCCGCCACGGGAAGGGCGCUACCCGAGGCCGGCGCCGGCUGUGGUCCAGGUGGACGGCGCCCCCAUCCGUCUCCAGCUGUGCGACACCGCCGGGCAGGAUGAAUUUGACGCCUUGUGGCAGACCUGCUGCCCAAAGGCUGACGUCUGCCUGCUCUGCUUCAGCGUGGUGGCACCCACCUCCUUCAGGAACAUUGCAGACAAAUGGUACCCAGAGGUGCGUCGCAACUGCCCUUCCGCCCGGGUGCUGCUGGUGGGGACUCAGUCGGACCUGCGCCAGGAUGUCAAGGUGCUGAUUGCCCUCUCCCGGCGUCAGGAGAAGCCGGUACCUCCUGCAGCCGCCUGCUCUCUGGCCAGGAAACUGGGCCUGGCUGGCUAUGUGGAAUGCUCGGCCCUCACCCAGGAGAACCUGAAGGAGGUCUUUGACACUGCUAUUGUGCUGGGGCUGCAGGCCGGCGAGGGAGCCAGGGGGCAGAGGCGCCCCCCCAGCUGCAUCUGGGCCCUCUCCAAAGACUGGUGGAGCAAGUACGUUUGUGUGCGGUAGCCCUGGGUACAGCAUUCCCCCCCCCCCAGGGAUGGGGCCUGGCGCGGGGAUCCUCCAUGAACUGGUGCAUUGUGGUGCAUUUCUCCUGGGUCGGGGGCUUAGGAGAUGCCCAGAGCUGUGCCAUCAUGCCUGUCUGUAGCCUGCCCUCUGUGGUGAAAGCCUCAAGCAGGGGAGGGCUGCCUGUGCAGGAGAGUACCCACCAGGGCUCUUCCCAAGUGCUGAGGAAGGGCAGAUCAAGGCUGUCCUCCCUCGCUGAGCACAAAAAAAGGGGGGGAAGGCCUUGGGUACUCGAGGGACAGAAUGAAAUGGAGCUCCUGUCAUAAUCACCCCAAGUGACGGUGGAAAGUUUUUGACCAAGGAGUUGAUUUUAUUGUGUUUUAAACAGAAAUGCAUAAUCCAAUAGUAUGAUUUUUAGAAGUGAAAUUACAUGCUUUAAAAAAUAUGAAUAACAAAACAUUUCA